AUGAAGCGACAACGCGAGGAGUCAGAGUCACAGAGAAAGGUGGUGAAGUACAGCCAGGAGUUGACAUUGGUCACUCUCCCCACAGACAUACUAGAGCUCAUUUUCAAGGACUUGUCGAGACAGGACACGAUAAACCUAUCGACUUUAGAUCACGAACACAGAAGCGUGCUUAAACCUAUUGUGUUUUCCCAGAUCCGAGCCAGCUGGAACGAUAUGAGGAGUGAAAUAGACGGGAGAACGAGUUUCCUCAAGCAGCACAGACACUUGGUGACCCGACUUCGCAUAGUCGACUGUGAUUCGUAUGGGGAAUGGAACAUGGACAUCUUUACCGAUUUGUUGAUAGACUUGCCUAGGUUGAGACAUUUGCUUAUCAACAGCAAGUUCUCCUCCAACUGGCUCAAGUACCGCCAAGACGACAACUUGCAGCAGCUUACAUUGUACUUUGAUUCGCGGGCGCCAAGGGAAAGCGUUGCCAGCACCAGCACCAGCACCACGAUCAACCGCAUAUUCAGUUUGGAGCACAUUGCCAACUUUAAGAUGUUGACCAAGUUGCGGCUAUGGCACUACCACCUCUACUGGGAAGACGUGUACCCUGUUUUGAUUGUAGAGGAUGUCGAGCUCCACAAUUGCACCUGGGAGUUCCCGUUCACACUAUCACAAUUCAACUACAAUUCCAACAUCAAGCGACUAGUGGUGUCGUAUUCUGAAGGUAACGCGUUUGCAGUGUCUGAGCGGUACCGAGAGUUUUUGCAAUGUGGAAACGGAGAAGACUUUUUGAGUUUGGAGGAGCUUGCCGUCACAGUGGCGAGAGGGUCUCUCAACAGCAGUGUGGUAUCACGGUUCAUGAACGCUAGCAGUUUCCCGAGACUAAGAACAUUGCGAGUGUUUGCAAGGGAAAGUGUGUACAACCUAUCACACUGGUUUGGAAAGUUGCCGAUAAACACUACGUUGCGGGUACUAGACAUGCAAGUAGACUAUGAAGGCCGAGAUCGAGAGAGGGCAUUGAAGGAGGCGAAAAGGUAUUUUCCCUUUCUUGACGUAAGGAUACAUAGACCAUAA